AUGAUAUUUAAAAUUUUAGCAAAAUUCUUCUUUCUAUCCAUGAUGGCGGCGGCCUUUUUCCUAUCUCCCAUGAUAAGUGGGGCCAAAAAACAGGAAGGAGAGACCACUGCCAGCACGAGGUCAUUAAAGGUUAUUCUGCCAUCCCUAAACUCGACCAUGAACUGUACCGAGUGUCCAAACGUCUACUUUCCGGUUUGUACUACGACAAAUAUUACUUUCAUUAAUAUAUGCCAAAUGAACUGCGUUCAAGAAGGGCAUCAAAUGGCGCGUCGCGGUAUUUGUAUCGAAUUUUGA